UUGAGCCCUGAUUGACAGUAAUGGCGACUUCAGUUUUACUCUAACGAAAACAUUCCACCAAAACAACACUUGCGAAUGGCUUUUCUAAUUUACCUACACUAAAUACACAGUUAAGGAAAUCCUAUAUACCUCCAAAGUAAGUAAUUUUUCGAAAGGCACGGGAUGAUGAAGUUAUGGUGGUAGCUAGAAUAUUUUGGAAAGCAUGAACAAAGGUCUCCCUUUCCGUGGCGAUGUGGCUACUCGGUGCAAGCUCUGAUGGUGUUUUUUCAUAUAUUGGAAUUUAAACAAUAGUAUUUGCAAAACCGAGCUUGCCUGGCUUGAAUGCGGAUAUAAGCAUACAUCAGUUAUUACCUCAACAUUGAGCUAUAUGGUAAUCGAGAGCUAGCUAGUCGCAUAGUUUGAUAGCUAGCUUGUAGCUUUAACACCCCCAUCUUGAGGAUCGACCCCCCAUUGUUGUAGGCGUUCUCAUAGAAAGCACACCGACGAAGCUGGAAAACGCGUCACAAGAAGUUGGAUCCAUCUGUUGAGUCUUUCAAUUAUGUUUUUAUCAAACUCAACCCUUGCAAUAGAUUAAGAAACCUAUCGGAUCCAAUUAUUUUUUUAACUCCAGCGCGGUGACAGGAAGAAUCAUCUCCAUCUUGCAACUACCGAACGUUUGAUGUGAAAAACGUCAGGACUUGUUAGCUUGUGAAGUUAACUGGCUAACGUUAGCUAGCUUUAUCACCUGGCUGGUCAGUCAAUAUUACUUAGCAAGCUACUUCGUUGUUUUGUUUAGCCAAGCUACUUACUUCAUACUUGAGGAUAAUUUGCUCCUCUUUUCUCAGCCCGUCUGUCAACACGCGUAACUGUUAACUUAACGAUAACUUUUGUGCCGUGAGAACCGCUUGUUGUUUGUCGCGUGACGUGUAACGUUAUUGUUAACUUGAAUAUCAUAUUGUGCUCUUGUUUUUUUAGCUAUACCUAUCCUAUACUUGUAUAGCAGUAGUUACUGGUUUUCUUUAGGCACAUCCAUAACAUACCCUUACAGAUUUUUGUCAGUGGUUGAUAAUGUUAAGGUCAGAGGAGAAUAGCUUGCUUGCUGCUAGCUAGGUAACGUUAAUGUUAGGUCCAUAAGCUAACGUUAACAGUAAACUGUCUGUCGGGUCAUUGCCUCUUCAAACAAAGCGGCCAGUUUUUCUUAGGUUAAGAUAGUCAGCUAUCCUUCGGUGUCCUCUGGUUAAUUUUUGCUAUUUAUGGUGUUCUUAAUUUACGAAGAGAUAGCCGAACAGUAACGUUUGAACUCAAACAGCUGAAUGGCAGUUCAGCGAGCAAAACAGUCUUGUUUGAGCAUAACGUUAAUGUCUCGUUCGAAGUUAUGGAGAUGAGUGGAUUGUCUUCGAGUUGAAUAGUUCAGAAAUUAAGUUAGGAACUUAUAGCUGGCUAGCAAUCACAUUUGUCUUACUGGUGAGUUAAUAAAAAAAGACUCGGGCCUUGUCUUUCUGCUACUUCAGGAAUGCGAUUGGUUUGUCUUCAAUCCAGGAUUUAUUAAACCCGCAAAUUAGUAAUUUUUUUGGUAUUUUUGUACUGCGAUAUUUGUAGCUUAAAUGACCACCGGAAGGAAUAACCGAAUCAUGAUGGAAGGAGUGGGGGCAAGAGUUGUCCGUGGACCGGACUGGAAAUGGGGAAAACAGGACGGUGGAGAAGGACAUGUUGGAACAGUGAGAAGUUUUGAAAGUCCUGAGGAAGUGGUGGUAGUUUGGGAUAACGGGACUGCUGCCAAUUAUCGCUGCUCUGGAGCCUACGACGUGAGGAUAUUGGACAGCGCACCCACAGGUAUUAAACAUGAUGGUACCAUGUGUGACACCUGCCGUCAGCAGCCCAUCAUCGGCAUCCGCUGGAAGUGCGCCGAGUGCACCAACUAUGACCUCUGCACUACAUGUUACCAUGGAGACAAGCACCACCUGCGACACAGGUUCUACAGAAUCACCACACCGGGCAGUGAGAGGGUCCUCCUCGAAUCUCGACGGAAGUCCAAGAAGAUCACGGCGCGCGGCAUCUUCACCGGAGGCCGUGUGGUGCGGGGAGUGGACUGGCAGUGGGAAGAUCAGGAUGGCGGCAAUGGCCGAAGGGGCAAGGUAGUUACAGAGAUCCAGGACUGGAGUGCAGCCAGCCCUCACAGCGCGGCGUACGUCCUCUGGGACAAUGGUGCCAAGAACCUCUACAGAGUUGGCUUCGAGGGCAUGUCGGAUUUGAAAUGUGUCCAAGAUGCCAAAGGAGGCACCUUUUACAGAGACCACUGCCCAGUAUUGGGAGAGCAGAAUGGCAGCAGGAAUCCUGGGGGCCUGCAGAUCGGAGACCUGGUCAACAUCGACCUGGACCUGGAGAUCGUGCAGUCCCUGCAGCAUGGCCAUGGGGGUUGGACUGAUGGCAUGUUUGAGACGCUCACCACCACCGGUACCGUCUGCGGCAUCGACGAAGACCACGACAUUGUUGUCCAGUAUCCUAGUGGAAAUAGGUGGACGUUCAACCCGGCAGUGCUGACCAAGGCCAACGUGGUGCGCAGUGGGGAGGUGCCGGCGGGUGCGGAGGGUGGUGCCUCCCAGUUCCUUGUGGGUGACCUGGUGCAGAUCUGCUACGACAUCGACCGCAUCAAGCUGCUGCAGAGAGGCCACGGCGAGUGGGCUGAAGCCAUGCUGCCGACACUGGGGAAGGUGGGCCGUGUGCAGCAGAUCUACUCGGACAGCGAUCUGAAGGUGGAGGUGUGCGGCACCUCGUGGACGUACAACCCGGCCGCCGUGACCAAAGUGGCUCCCUCUGGCUCGGCCGUCACCAACGCCUCUGGAGAGCGUCUCUCUCAGCUGCUCAAGAAGCUCUUUGAGACCCAGGAGUCGGGUGACAUCAACGAGGAGUUGGUGAAGGCAGCUGCCAACGGUGACCUAGCCAAAGUAGAGGACAUUAUGAAGAGACCUGACGUGGACGUGAAUGGGCAGUGUGCGGGCCACACAGCGAUGCAGGCAGCCAGUCAGAACGGCCAUGUGGACGUCCUCAAGCUGCUGCUCAAAUACAGCGUCGAUCUGGAAGCCGAGGACAAGGAUGGGGACCGGGCCGUGCACCACGCGGCGUUUGGGGACGAGGGUUCGGUCAUCGAGGUGCUUCAACGGGGCGGAGCCGACCUCAACGCCAGGAACAAGCGCAGGCAGACGCCGCUGCACAUCGCGGUCAACAAGGGCCACCUGCAGGUGGUGAAGACGCUGCUGGACUUGGGCUGUCAUCCCAGCCUCCAGGACUCUGAAGGCGACACACCCCUGCACGACGCCAUCAGUAAGAAGCGGGACGACAUGCUGUCCGUGCUGCUGGAGGCCGGCGCUGACGUCACCAUCACCAACAACAACGGCUUCAACGCCCUGCAUCACGCAGCCCUGCGAGGGAACCCUAGUGCCAUGCGUGUUCUGCUGUCCAAGCUCCCCAGGCCCUGGAUCGUGGACGAGAAGAAGGACGACGGCUACACGGCACUGCAUCUGGCGGCGCUCAACAACCAUGUGGAGGUGGCCGAACUCCUGGUGCACCAGGGAAGUGCCAGCCUUGACGUCCAGAAUGUCAACCAGCAGACCGCGCUGCACCUCGCAGUGGAGCGCCAACACACCCAGAUCGUCCGGCUCCUGGUGCGCGCGGAGGCCAAGCUGGACGUGCAGGACAAGGACGGGGACACGCCGCUGCACGAGGCGCUGCGCCACCACACGCUCUCCCAGCUGCGGCAGCUGCAGGACAUGCAGGACGUCAGCAAGGUGGAACCCUGGGAGCCCUCCAAGAACACGUUAAUCAUGGGCCUGGGGACCCAGGGGGCUGAGAAGAAGAGUGCCGCCUCCAUUGCGUGCUUCCUGGCGGCCAACGGCGCCGACCUCACCAUCCGCAACAAGAAGGGCCAGUCGCCCCUGGACCUCUGCCCGGACCCCAGCCUGUGCAAAGCCCUGGCCAAGUGCCACAAGGAGAAAACGAGUGGUCAGGUCGGUUCUCGCAGCCCGUCUCUGAACAGUAACAACGAGACGCUGGAGGAGUGCAUGGUGUGCUCGGACAUGAAGAGGGACACCCUGUUUGGGCCCUGCGGCCACAUCGCCACCUGCUCCCUCUGCUCGCCCCGCGUCAAGAAGUGUCUCAUCUGCAAGGACCAGGUCCAGUCCAGGACUAAGAUCGAGGAGUGCGUGGUAUGCUCUGAUAAGAAGGCAGCCGUUCUCUUCCAGCCCUGCGGACACAUGUGCGCCUGUGAGAACUGUGCCAUUCUCAUGAAGAAGUGUGUACAGUGUCGCACGGUUGUGGAGCGGCGCACUCCUUUCGUCAUGUGUUGCGGAGGGAAAGGUAUGGAGGAUGCCACUACUGAUGAUGAUGAUGAUGAUGAUGAUGAUGAUGAUGAGGACCUUACAGGGGGCUCUAACUCAGUGGCAGGGGGUUCGCAGGAGCUUCUCCAGCCCAACAAUCUGGCGCUAAGUUGGUUGGCAGGAGGUUCGCAGGAGCUUCUCCAGCCCAACAAUCUGGCGCUAAGUUGGUCCAGCGGCAACAUCCCGGGUCUCCAAAGGGAUAAGGACAACACUAACGUCAACGCUGACGUGCAGAAACUCCAGCAGCAGCUGCAGGACAUCAAGGAGCAGACCAUGUGUCCGGUGUGUCUGGACCGGCUAAAGAACAUGAUCUUCAUGUGCGGCCACGGCACCUGCCAGCUGUGCGGAGACCGCAUGAGCGAGUGUCCCAUCUGUCGCAAGGCCAUCGAGCGCCGCAUCUUGCUCUACUAGAGCCCCAGGCUUCGUCCUUCAGGCCUCUUCUUCACCGCUCGUCAACCAACCAGCCAGCCAGCUAGCCAGCCAGCCAGCCAGCCAGCCGCUUCUCUCAUGCACACAGCGCUCCUGUGUCUGCAAGACUUCCCCCCCACCUCUCCCACUAAGCUGUCAGUCAUCAGUGUUAACGGUGUAGACUUGUCCUGGUUUGUCUACUUUGGCAAAAAAAAAAAAAAACACCCCACCUUAUCCUUGUCUGUGAAUCAGCUGAACAGUUCUCUUUAGCAACACCACCCCCAUACAUUUGUACACAGAACAGACACUGUCGCCCCGUUUGUCCGCCAGGCUUGGUCUCCGAGGGUCGGUCAGUAUGGAUAGACUUUGUUGAGACCGUAAGCACUAGUGGCGGAUACGGUUGUGUUUCAAAGGGGUUCCACUGAGUCCUCCUUCCUUGUAAGUGUCACUGCAUAUGUGAGCAUGCAGUUAACCCCCUCCCCCCCCCGACCCUCGCGUUGCUACAAAGCUCUGUGUUGUCCUCUUGCUACUUGUUCUUUUUUUACAAUAAUGUAAUCUGAUGCAAGCCUAGCUGUAGAGGAUGCUGCUCGAUGUGGAUCUCGUGAUGUUCUGGCCCGUAUAGCAGAGCUCGGUCUCCACACGAAGCCUACUAUCACGCUAGACGCUUACGUGUUAUAACUUGCCUCAGUCCUUUCGGGGGCCAUUUUUUAGUGUACCGCUAGUCGCAUUUCAAGUUUUUCUCCGGUCCUGACUGGACGCGCUUUCGAGUCGAGUUCCAUCGGCUUCUUGAGUCCUGUAGUAAAACCCCCCCAAGAAGUUGAGGCUAGAGUCCUGUCUUGUCGCAAUCCCGACAGGUGGCGCAAAGCUCGCUCACACUGUCCACUGUGGAGGGGGGAGGUGGCUGCAGGGAGGCCCAUUACGUCUCACAUGUAGUAUUGGUCUCAGUGAAUCUCACACAAGCCUUGAGUAUUGCUGUAACACCUCAUCACCCCCUCUGCCCCACCACUGAUGCAAAAUUGUGCUGUUACAUGUGUGUUCAUGUUGAAUAAGGCUUGGAACUGGAUUGUUUUCGGUUAAGCAUGUAUUCUCACCCCCCCCCCCCCCCUACCAUCACGUUACAGGUCUAUGGACAAUGAGGUUAUGAAGCUAUUCGUGAUUUUUUAUUUUUUCCCCCCCCUUCUAAAUGUUUGCUAAUGACCAUAGAGGAUUCUGUGCCAUUGCUUCCAAAAAGAACACUACAACACCCUUGGGGAUAAGGUGCUUGUUUACCUUUUUUUUUCUUUUUUUUUAAAUACCAUUUUAUUUAAGUGCAUCGUCAUGAAAAACAGAGAUGAAAUGAGCUAGAGAGUACAAUCUAAUAUAAAGCCAAGACUUCAAAGCCUCUACUUUAGUAGUGAUAGAAUAAAUUAUUUUAUAUUGUUACCAAGAUAUAGAAUGAGGGGUAUUUCAGAUUGUCUAAAGGGGGUAGCUUUUUUUCCUCUCCAAAGCAGUCAUCCUCAUUGGGAAAAAAAAAAUAUGAAAAGGAGGAAACGUUAAUGGGAUUUUGAGGAACAUCACUUUUUUUUAGUUCUGUAGUAUUUUCUAGACUAUAUUCAGCCUAAUACAAGUUAAACUGAACUAAUUACUAUCUCAAGUCAAGUGUCCUGUUCUUCAACCAUGUUUAUUAUUAGGAAAAGAGGUUGCCAGCGAAUUGGCUUGAGUGUGAGAGUGUGUGCAGGUGCGUUUGGUCAGUCCUGUGUCUGAAAGCAGCAUUUCAGAUCUGACCGCCUCUUGCAAGUCAGAAGACCUUGAUGUGUUUCAACAGCCAUUUGUGGCUGUCAAUGCAAAGGUCCUGUUUUAAAAAGAAUUAUGAAAAAAGUAGCUUCAUACUUUGCCUUUUUAACCAAUUUUUUAUCUUUUUUUCAACGAUCAUAUUGACAUUUGAAGCUAGAUGCACUAACGUACUUUAAUGGUAGUAUUGUACCGUGUUACAGUAAAGGCCGAUUUUGUACUUUAUUUCUGUUUGUAACACUCUCCUGGUUUCAACAAAUUCACUACUCUCUCUUCUUUGGCAUGAAUGUUUGUGUUGUAUGCGGUUCAGCCUGUAUCAUUAAAUGCUGUCACUCCGUAUUGUUUAGUGCUUUUAAAUGAAAUGCAUCGCUGAAUAAAGGUCUAAAGGAACACUUUA